AUGACGGCGAGCUUUACUGAACACAGAGUGCUUCAGAUUGAGUGGGCUGUACAGAGAAUCAAAUACUUAUCUGGAGCAACGAAUACAGGUGCUGCGUUGAAGUUUGCUCUUGAAGAAGGUUUCAAGGACGCUCGAGGAGGUGACAUUCCAAAGGUGGUUGUUGUCGUCACCGAUGGUCAGUCACAAGAUCCAGUAUCAGAGAUAUCGCAACAGCUUCGUGAUGCUCACAUAUUGGUUUACGCAAUCGGUGUGACGAAUCUCGUCAAUAUAGCAGGCAAUCCUCAAAGGGUUCUAACGGUCGAAACUUUUGAAGAACUUGAAAAAUCGAUUGCUGAUUCACUGACAUGGGAUAUGUGCAAAACAGAAUUUCGGCCGGGAACACCAGAUAUAAUAUGUGGAUCGGAUCACAUUGGUGUGAGAGCAUCAACAAAAAAACCAUUCGAUGGCUACGUUUUUGUGAUGGACCAUUUUCAUCGUGAGGAAUGUCGGGCUGGACCUGAAAUGUUCCCUGAUCCGAGAAGUAUUGGCAUUACAGUCUCGUUCAAUGACUGUAACGUUCAUCGAUAUAGAUCGUUGGAUCCUCGAGGUAUUUUCGUUGAGAUGACUGUCGUUUUCAUGUUUCAUACGACAUUCAUGACCAAAGUGGACCAAACGGUUAAGGUACAGUGCUUUUAUAUGGAAGCUGAUAAAACUGUUUCAGUACCUCUGGAAGUCAGCAUGAUAACGACGCAGUUUCGUGAGAGGAUGUACGAGAUGCCGAAGUGUGAGUACACAUUGAGGCGUGGGUCAGCAGAUGGUCCAAUCGCUGAAUUUGCGUCAAUCGGUGAGAGUAUCUAUCAUCAUUGGGAAUGUGUCGAUUCAGCGGAUACGUUCGGAAUGUUGAUUCAUUCAUGUUAUGUGGAUAAUGGAUAUGGAGAUCGCGUUGAUAUUCUCGAUAAAAAUGGAUGUGGCAUGGAUGCCGUAUUGUUGUCAACUCCUGAUUAUGAUAACACUCUACGAAUCGCAACGAAACCUUAUCAUGUAUUCAAGUACGCUGACAGACCAGUUCUACAGUUUCAGUGCCAGGUAACAUUGUGUAUCAAGUAUGAUGGAGGAUGCGAGGAACUGACACCGCCGAAAUGUCCAGAAACAUUAGCGAGUCAUCACCAUCAUGAUCACGAACGUCUCAGGCGAAAUGCUCUGCGAACAGAUCGUCUAAUCGAAAGCGGUUCUACGUUGGAUGUUUUCACGAAACCAUUAAAUGUUUUCGACAGUUCACCAUCGUUUUGUUCGAAUGAUAUUGGUUACGACAGCUUUCCAUACAUGCAACGAUCUUUAGCUGUUUGUAAGAUAAGUCGUUCAGUUGAGUGCGAGAAAUUUUUUUGA